UUGCGGUGCCCCCUUCGUUUAGACAAAGAGACAUACAGAGAGACGUUAGACAGAGUUCAAUUAACAAAUGUUCGCCUUAUAGAUACGAGCCCCUGCCCAUUGAGUGCAGAGCCGACGCCACUACUGCCCGUCGAACGACCGCAGAACAUUCACGGCAUUAUCGCCAUGUCAUCGGCGCGUAACAUGAACGGACCCGCUGGUGCACGGCCGUUGGUGGCGCUGUUGGAUGGACGUGAUUGCACCAUUGAGAUGCCUUUGCUAAAAGAUGUCGCCACGGUGGCUUUUUGUGAUGCGCAAUCGACGCAUGAAAUUCAUGAAAAAGUGUUGAAUGAAGCUGUCGCUGCGCUCAUGUAUCAUUCGAUUAAACUCGAAAAAGAAGAUCUGGAAAAAUUCAAAGCAUUACGGGUGGUGGUAAAAAUCGGCUAUGGUUUUGAUAAUAUUGAUGUGAAAGCGGCUACUGAAUUAGGUGAGUGUAUAUGUAUUUGCCGCGGGUUCAAAACAUAA